AUGGCCGGAAUGAUUCACAGUAACCUAUCGGUAUUUGUCGAAAAGGGCUACGAUGAUUGGUGCGUGAAAAUGGAAGCGAUUCUUGGGUUCCAAGAAGUGGAUGAAAUUGUCAAAAAAGGUUUCAAAGAACCACCGAAGGGUGAUUCGGAAGAGGUGAAGAAACUAUACAAAGAAAAUAAGAGGCUGGACUGCAAAGCACGGAUGUUGCUGCAACAGUGUGUAUCUGAGGCAAUUUUCCAGAAAAUAUCGAAGGCCGACACGACAAAGGAAGUGUGGGAUAUACUGCAAGAGGACUACGGAAACUCUGUAAAGGUCAAGAAGAUCAGGUUGCAAUCUCUACAGCGACAGUACGAGCUCCUCUACAUGGGUGAGCAAGAGACGGUGAUGGAGUAUAUUGGGAGAAUUCAAGUUGUAGUCAAUGCCAUGAGAGCAUGCCAAAAAAUCGUGAAGGAUAAAAAGAUUGUCGAGAAGAUACUUCGAACCUUAACACCAGAGUACGAUCACAUCGUGGUUGCCAUAGAGGAAAGUAAGGAUCUUGAAGAAAUGAAAGUGGAAGAACUGCAGAAUUCUAUGGAGGCGCAUGAGCAGCGCUUAACUGAAAGAAAGAAUGCAGAAAAGGAUGUGGUGCAAAGCAUGAAUCAAGCGCUGCAGGUCAGAAACAAUCGGAGCUUCAAAGGUCGUGGACCUGGAAGAGGCAGAAGACGGACACGCGGUGGCCGAACGGGUGGUAGAGAUAUGAAACCCUCUGAAUAA